UGAAAGACACUUGCACUGGAGCCGCGGAUGUCGCUGUGAAGAAGCUGAGUCAAUAAAGGUGAAGAUUCCUGAAGAUCUCGUCUACUCCCACAUGGCCGUAAACCACUCACUGGAAGAUUAAACCAAGUACACCCAGCUCCAGAGCAUUGCCCUCGUAGAUGCAGCUCAGUCUCUGUGUUUGCAAAUGGCUUGCUGCUUGAAGGACGAGCUCCUCUGUUCCAUCUGCCUCAGCAUCUACCAGGACCCCGUCAGCUUCGGCUGCGAGCACUACUUCUGCAGGAAGUGCAUCACCGAGCACUGGAGCAGGCAGGAGCACCACGGAGUGCGGGACUGCCCCGAGUGCCGGAGGACCUUCACCGACCCGCUCCUCUCGCCCAGCCUGAAGCUGUCCAACAUUGUGGAGCGCUACUCGGCCUUCCCGCUGGACGCCAUCCUCAACGCCCAGAGGAGCUCCUACCCCUGCAAGGACCACGAGAAGGUCAAGCUCUUCUGCCUCACGGACAAAAGUCUGGUGUGCUUCUUCUGCGACGAGCCGGCGCUGCACGAGCAGCACCAGGUUACCACGAUCGACGAGGCCUACGAGGAGAUACAGAGGGAGAUGAAGGAGCAGCUGGCCACCCUGCAGGACAGUGAGAAGGGACACACUGAGGCCCUGCAGCUCCUGCAGAGACAACUCACUGAGACCAAGUCCUCAGCUAAGAGUCUGCGUGCAACCAUCGGUGACGCUUUCGAGCGCCUUCACCGCUUCUUGCGCGAGCGUCAGAAGAGCAUGCUGGAGGAGCUGGAGAUGGACACGGCCCGGAAGCUGGCCGACAUCGAGCACAAGAUCCAGCGCUACAGCCAGCAGCUGCGCGACGUCAAGGAGGGCAUCCAGAUCCUGCAGGAGCGCCUCAACGAGACGGGCCGCCACGACUUCCUGGAAGGAGUCGCCGUCACAUCAGAGAGGUGCAUCGCCAGUAUCAUUCCUGCAGUAAAACAAGAAAAAAAAUGGAUUAAAGGGAAGAUACAUGAGACCAAUCUGACGUAUGAAGACUUCCCGACAUCCAAGUACAUGGGGCCCUUACAGUACACAAUAUGGAAGUCGCUCUUUCAGGAUAUAUCGCCAGUGCCAGCGGCGUUGACCCUUGACCCCAUCACUGCCCACCAAAGACUGAUCCUGUCAGACGACUGCACCAUAGUGGCCUACGGGAACCUCCACCCGCAGCCCCUGCAGGACUCCCCGCGGCGCUUCGACGUGGAGGUGUCCGUUCUGGGCGCGGAGGGCUUCGUGUCGGGCGUCCACUACUGGGAGGUGAUGGUGUCGGAGAAGACCCAGUGGAUGAUCGGCGUGGCCCACGAGACAGUCAGCCGCAAGGGCAGCAUCCAGAUCCAGCCCAGCCGCGGCUUCUACUGCAUCGUCAUGCACGACGGCAACCAGUACAGCGCCUGCACCGAGCCCUGGACCCGCCUCAAUGUGAAGAGCAAGCUGGAGAAGGUUGGCGUUUACCUGGACUACCACAAAGGCCUGCUCAUCUUCUACAACGCAGACGACAUGUCCUGGCUCUACACCUACCGGGAGAAAUUCCCCGCCAAGGUGUUCCCCUACUUCAGCCCGGGCCAGAGCCACGCCAACGGCAAGAACGUGCAGCCGCUGCGAAUCAACACCGUACGCCUUUAAGAGCCGAACACGCCUGCGCUGUCUAACGUCCUGACGGAUCAUUCACAGGACUUGGUGUAGGUCUCAAAACAAGUUCAUGAAAUCAGUUUAAAAAUUGUUUAAUAGGGUGUUUAAAAUGUUUUUUUCUUUCAGAUCAGUUAAGAAUUGUGCUUGGUGUUGCUCUUCAAACCUGCGCUGUUAUUUUUGUGUGACUUGAAUCGACCGUACGAUAAUGGCACUGCACUUGAGCCUCAUCCUGCAUCUUUGAUGGAAAAGAUUAAAAACUAACUGGAGACGGAGGGAUCCCCGGGCUUCUCUGGGGUCUGUGGCAGUGAUGUAAACAAAACAAAAAAAGUGAUUGAAGCCCCAGGCCCACCUUGCACACUCCCAGGGGACAACACUGUCCUUAUCAAGCUCCAGGCGUGUCAGACUCUAUGUCCCCUCUCUGUCCAGGCAAGAGGACACUGAAGACUGGUCACUUGUCUUCUCUGUGCUGUACAGUUGGCUUAGCUUUGUGUGUGGAAUGUGAUUGACAGCACUCGGCUCCUUUUUUUGGCUUUUGUUCGGCCAGCGAUCCACCCUGAACUUGUCACGUCUGUAUGCACUUUUUACUUCCGUGUGAGCUCAUGAUCCUGCACACAUGCACAUGUGUCUGUUCAGUCUAGUCAGGCGGCUUGGGACCAGAUUUAAGAAUAAAGGGGACACGUCGGACAAAAGCACCAAAUUUUUUCCAUGUGUUCUCUAUCACUAUAGGUUUCAAUUUUUGGUAGGAGCCACUUAAUCAAGAUUGUGGAUCGGAGAUGGCAGCCAUAUAAAGUCUAUGAGAAACAAUAUAUCUUCCAAGCCACUCAGAAGGUCAAUCUUGGUGUCAAAAUAUACAUUUUCUGUUGGGAAAAAUGUAUAUACAAGAUCUGACAUGAGAUUAAAGCUUUCCCUUGAUUUUAUUUAGCAGUGUACGUGGCAGCUAAUUCGAACUCUCCCGUGAACAUAGAUUCCAAACAUUUUCAGCUCAGGAUUCCCUGCUGCAGCACUUGAAGACCUACCAGUCUGGGUGAAAAUGAACAUAUCUAUUUGAUCAAAUAAUCAUCUAGUGAUGUUCUCAAUAGCUUUAAAUGAUUUCUUGACCCAGAAAAUGUAGAUUUUGACACCAAGAUUGACCUUCUAAGUGGCUUGGAAGAUAUAGCAUUUCUCAUAGACUUUAUAUGGCUGCCAUCUCCGAUCCACAAUCUUGAUGAAGUGGCUCCUACCAAAAAUUGAAACUUAUGGUGAUAGAGAGCAUGUGGAAAAAAUUUGGUGCUUUUGUCCGGCGUGUCCCCUUUAUUUAGCUAAGCCGCCUGACUAGUCUUUAUCAUUGCAGGAAAGCUCUUGUUCUAUGUGCACCAGUGGUUUCCAUGUCACCUAGAACGAAAUGAAGGAUUAAAAAAAGUAGUUCAUAGGCUGCCUGUCCCGAUCCACUGCCCAGUUUCAACCACAUGUGAUGGGAAAGUCUAUUUAGAGGUGGAGGUUGUCCAGAAUUAUGCUGCUACUGGUGGAGUUAGGACUUGCAUGUUUGUAUAUAGAGUAUCAAGGGUUAAAAGAAAUGUCUCUCAUGCUGGCUCAUGUUUAAGUUUCCGCCUGGUCCCCAUCAGCAUUUACUAUGUGGGUUUUUUCUCCCCUUUAGUGUUGCAUUCACGUACAUUUCUUGCCUGGGUCCAGAUCUUUGAAUCUGCCGCUGAGUUCAUAAUUCUGUCUGAUAUCAGGCACGUACAUUUCUGCUUUCAGUCAUGAUGUUAGAUAAUUUUGUCUUAAAAUCAAAAGAAUAUUAAAUCACCAGUAGACCUACUUGGGAGGCUGAAACCUCUAGUUGUGAAAUAGUAACUUCUCAGAUGUUAUAAUCUGAAAGGUUAAGGAAUUAUUACUCACAUUUUACAGAGAUUUUUAAAAUAUCAUUUAUGUAAAUUAAGUCAAGCUGUACGGUUGGGGAAAUGGCAAUUAUCAAGGAAAUGGUAAUGGAUGGAUGGACUCUGGUGCUAAAUAUGCUCCUCCUGUGGGACUGAAUAUUCCCCAAGGCUUGCUGCUGUGUUAUAUAAUGACAAAAUCACUGAUAAUUCCCCCGAGGCUGACCCAUGUUUAUUUCUGCGCCCCACGUGCCUCAAGUGCUCUUGUUUAUCAUUAGUUGUAAACAAGUCCUGCAGAAUCUGCUUUAAGAGGCUCCGGUCACUCAGCCAAGUCCAGCAUACUGAGAGACGUGUCUGUGGAUGGGUGGGCAUGUGCAUGGGUAUGUUUGUGCAGCCUGGUGGAGAUAUAAUUUUAAAUCCAGCUUUGGUUGUGCUUGAUAAAGCCCAUCUGGCCCUCCGAGCACACCCGUGCACAGGCCAAAAGUGAUUAUUACAAAAUACUUGGGACUCGGUAGAAGUUGGGUAAAUCUAGAAAAGCAAAAAAAGCAAAAAAAAACCCAUAAAUAAAUAAAAUCACCUCACCCUUCCUUUGCCACUGUACAUCUUAACAUUUGUGUGUGUGUGUGUGUGUGUGUUGUCUGUGGUGUCCAUUUAAAAGAAAAUUGGGGCAGUGCCCUUGUUUUUGUAGGAUGUGAUUCCAGUAUGUGCAGUAUGUUGCAAACUAGGGUCAAAUGGUGAGCAUCUGCAAAUUACUCACUGCGUUUUUUUUCGACUUGCGCAGACCUGCAGGAGAUACAAAGUACAGUAAUUCUGGGAUUUACUCAGCAAAUUGAUCCAGAUGACUCUGUAAUCCUAUUUUGUGAAACAGGAUUAAUGUAAUUAUGUGUGAAGAUAAUAAUUACAAGACGUUUAGACAAUCAGGACAGUAUUUAGUCAUAUUACUUCUCUCUGAUUGAGGCUC